AUGAUAGGACAUGGUUUUCCGCAAACCGGCGGUGGAUAUCUCGGAGUUUUCAAUGGCAAAGAUUAUGACAAAACUGCUCAAACUGUUGCUGUUGAAUUUGACACUUUCUAUAACGCUGCUUGGGAUCCAAGCAACGGAAAGAGACAUAUUGGAAUCGAUGUGAACAGUAUCAAAUCCAUUAGUACUAAGUCGUGGAAUUUUCAGAAUGCUGAAGAGGCUCAUGUUGUGAUAAAUUUUAAUGCUACUACUAAUGUGUUAAGUGUGACUUUACUUUAUCCUAAUUCACUUGAGGAAGAAAAUCUAACUGGCUAUGCUCAUAGUGAUGUUGUGCCUUUGAAAGAUGUUGUUCCUGAGUGGGUAAGGAUUGGUUUCUCAGCUACCACCGGAGCAGAAUAUGCAACACAUGAAGUUCUUUCAUGGACUUUUCUUUCUGAGUUGACGGGACCUUCAAAUUCUAAGCAAGCUGCAGAUGCAUAG